AUGGCUUCUAUCCGGAUCCAACCUGUUCUCCGGACUAAAGCAAUUACUCGAAGUUGUCUCUUAGCAAAGAGGUCCGCUCAUCAAUUGGUAGUAACCACUUCACCUGAUCCUUCACAUACACCCAAACCAGUGAUCAAAUAUGGACCACCAACAGGAGGAAGAUCGUCUGAUUCAGGUCAUACAGUGACUGUAUUUGGAUGUACUGGGUUUUUAGGUAGAUAUUUGGUUCAAAAAUUAGCUAGACAAGGUACUCAAGUCAUCGUACCUUAUCGUGAUGAAGAUGAGAAAAGACCUUUGAAAAUUAUGGGUGAUUUAGGUCAAAUCGUUCCUAUGGAAUGGGACGCACGAAACCCUGAUCAAAUCGCUGAAUGUGUAAAAAGAUCAGAUGUGGUCUACAAUCUGGUAGGACGAGAUUGGGAGACAAGAAACUUCAAAUACGAAGAUGUUAACGUCAAGGCUGCUGGUCUCAUCGCCGAGGUAUCAGCAGCCGUCAACGUCCCUCGACUUGUACACUUAUCACAUCUCAACGCUGAUCCCGAAUCUGCAUCUGCUUUUUACCGAUCGAAAUACCACGGAGAAAGAGCAGUAAGAGAUGCUUUCCCUACUGCUACCAUCGUUCGACCAUCACAAAUGUUCGGUUACGAAGAUUGGUUGUUGAAUGCUAUCUGUCAAUAUCCCAUUUUAUUCAAUCUUAACGAAGGAAAAACCAAAAUACUUCCAGUUCACGUUAUGGAUGUAGCAGCAGCACUUGAUUUGAUGCUUAACGCACCAGUCACAUCAGUAGCAUCAACAUUCGCAUUACCUGGACCUGUUUUACACACCUUCAACUCAUUACAAUCUCUAGUCUCUUCAAUCACGCUCAACCCCAUCUCAACCGCACCAACAGUACCUAAACCAAUAGCCAAAUUAGUAGCUACAGCAUUGAAUAGAGGUAUCUGGUGGCCUACAAUCUCACCUGAUGAAAUUGAAAGAAAAUAUAUCGAUGAUUUAGGUGUGGAAGCUUUCCAAUCCACUGAUCAAAACAAAAUAGCUUCAGGCUGGGCAGAAUCUUACCAUACCCAAAUUAAAGGUAUAGAUGGUGAAGAAGUCAAAUCUUGGAAAGAAUUAGAUAUGUCUCCUGAUCCUAUUGAAGAUCAUGCUAUCAAAUACCUAAGAAGAUACCGAGCCGCCACCGCAUUUGAUACCCCUGUCGAAACUGGAAGACAUAAACCACCAAAGCCAUACCACGUCCUUCCUUAG